CAAGUGUGUGAAAGGGUUUAAUCUUGUUGGUAAAAUCUUCGGCAAAAGCACUAGAAGGAACCAGUGUGUGGUAAAAUGUGGGUUUUAUUGGUGCUCGCCCUUACCCUCGGUGUGAGGGCGUCAGAAAACGGCACAGAGGAGCCGGUGGUGGCCAGAGGUAAACUGCUGGCUCCCAGCGUGGUUGGAUGAGGCAUAAAGAAAAUGCCCGAGCUCCAUCACUUCCUCCUGGAGCGAUGGGCUCUCUACCACAACUUGGAGUAUGACUCAUCGGAGGAGAAGAAUCCCCGUCUGGUAUUCUACGACGAGACGGACGAGGUUGUGAAGACUGUUCCCGUGAAGAAAAUGAAGGCAGAUGAGAUCAGCAGCCUGUUGGACUCGCUGGGUUUCUAUAAGAGGGCCCAGAAAGGGGAAGAGGUGCCAGAGGAGUUCCAGCACUUCCCCCUGCGCGCCCCGAGGGACGAGCUGUGACGACAUCUAGUGGACAAACCCUGCCACUGCAGCCCGGCCGCUUUAAUGACGUGUGGGGCCCAAAGGCCAGAAAACGAGGAGCCAGGCUCCACGCUGAGGACUUGCUGGCCGGGUGCAUGGAGCAGGGGGUUAGAAAUGGACGUGUCCUGUUAGCGAGCUGAAUCUUAAUAAUAAAAUAAUUCUGGAAAACAACACAAA